AUGGAGGCCUCUCCGAAUAAAACUAUCCAGGUAACAGCCGAGGAGGACGAGGAGGUGGCGGCGCAGAGUGAAAAUAAGUUUGUUUUAGGAUUAAGCUCAAGAAAGGAUCAAAACGUUACUACUGCGAACAAAGUUGGCCAACAUGUGACUGAGAAGAUAAAAUUAGAAGACGAUGAUUAUUACAAGGCAUCUAGUUCCAACAGAGGAGCUCAACCGAGUAAAGAUGUGUUGUUCCUGAAGGAUUUGAAUGGUACUGAUGGGUCCCAACAUCCUGAUCUGAAGCUUCCUAUAACUUUACAUGCCCUCCCACCUGGGAUCAAAUUUCAGCUUCAAGGCUCUUCUUCUACAUGUGAUGUGGUAAAAUUUGCCAAAUUGCCUGGACAAUUAGCACCAAGCAACCUAAGUGACAUCAGGCUGCAGACACAAGUGGAUCCUUCUAUGAAGAUCAAUACUAUAAAUGUUCCCCUUACUGUCCCUCCUACAGAUGCAGAAAUCAAUGAUAUGCCACCCUCCAAAGAUAGAAGUGGGCAUAUAAAACGUCCAAUGAAUGCAUUUAUGGUUUGGGCACGAAUCCACAGGCCAUCACUAGCCAAGGCUAACCCUAACGCUAACAAUGCUGAAAUUAGCGUCCAACUCGGACUGGAAUGGAACAAACUGACAGAAGAACAGAAGAAACCUUACUAUGAUGAAGCACAGAAGAUUAAAGAAAAACACAGGGAGGAAUUUCCUGGUUGGGUGUACCAGCCACGACCAGGGAAAAAAAAAAGAUUUGCAUUGGGUGUUCCUUCAAAUGUCUUCUCUGGCAGUGGUCAAAAUAUUGUUACUACCACACCGGCUACCAUUUACCCUUAUCGACCUGCAACCUAUUCUGUAGUCAUCCCGAAUCUCCAGACAAGCGUCAACCGCCCAUCAGUUAUUGGUCAAAGUCAGUCUUUACGGAUGCCAGUCACUCAAGGUCAACGUCCAAAUUCAAUUAUAUUGUAUCCACAAACAAAUCCUGUCCAGGUUGGUUUGUCCACUCAGAGCAUGCCCAGUCACUCCACUGUGCCAGCUCCUUGCCCUCCAGGACAUGGCAGGAGUGAGGUGCAUCACGAGGUUCCUGGUCCCAGUGCAGCAUCUAAUUGUACAGAGCAAAGAAUACCUACAAUGACCGUCGAUGUUGGCAAAAGAAAUUCUACCAAUGAGACUAACAACCUUCACAGCAGAAAUGUCAUCCCUGAAGUACCAGCACAAAAGGAGAUACCAACGGUUUCUAGCUGUCCCAGAAAUCCGCCACCAAUGCCUUCAGGAUCCCUUCCUCACCCACAUGCCUACCAGCACCCACCAAUGGGACAUGCUGCUAAUCUGUUUGGAGCUGCUGCUCGCUUUCCCUUUCAUCAUCCCUAUUUCCUACCUGGGCCACCCUACUUCCCCUCAAGUACUUGUCCUUAUAGCAGACCACCCUAUGGCUAUGGUGAUUUUGCAAACAGCAUGUCUGAAUGCCUUGGGUACUACGAGGACCGAUAUCAAAAGCACGAGGCCAUGUUCUCAGCCUUGAAUAGGGACUACCCCUUUCGGGAGUAUCCAGAUGACUGCCAACGCAAUACAGACUCCAGGAGCAACAGCAGCAUUGAGGAAGGACCACAUCCCAGCAGCCUGGGAGGAGAAGAAUACCUGAACUCAGUUCCUCAGUUGGAUGUUGGCGCACUGGAGAAUGUCUUCACAACCCCAAUGUCUGCUCCAUCACAGCCGCAGAGAGUGGAGAUGGUCCAUAGCGAUGACGAACAGGAAGGCAAAGUAUUAAAAAGUCUGUAG